GGAGGCGAGGAGGGUUUUAAAGGAGGCCGGCGGGAUCCCGCGGGAAGGAGCGGCUGUGGCACGCGGGGCUCUCCGGCACCAACAGAUAUUUUGAUGGCAUGACAAAUCAGAACGAAGAGGAUGUACUGUAUGACUAGACACCAGAUCAGUUCUGUUUGUGGAUUACAUUUUCAGUAAGAUGUAUGGAUCUAUUUUUUCCUUCUUCUUAUAUAUAGAUCAUGAGACUUGACUGAGGCAAUAUACAUAUCAUCCAUCCAUCUAUGGCGAACUACAGCCAUGCAGCUGACAACAUUUUACAAAAUCUCUCUCCUUUAACAGCUUUUCUGAAACUGACUUCACUGGGUUUCAUAAUAGGAGUCAGUGUGGUGGGUAACCUUCUGAUCUCCAUUUUGCUAGUCAAAGAUAAGACCUUGCAUAGAGCUCCUUACUACUUCCUGUUGGAUCUUUGCUGCUCAGAUAUCCUCAGAUCUGCAAUUUGUUUCCCAUUUGUUUUCACCUCUGUAAAAAAUGGCUCUACUUGGACGUACGGGACUCUUACUUGCAAAGUGAUUGCCUUUUUGGGGGUUUUGUCCUGCUUUCACACCGCUUUCAUGUUAUUCUGCAUAAGCGUCACCAGAUACUUAGCUAUUGCCCACCACCGUUUUUAUACAAAGAGGCUGACCUUCUGGACUUGUUUGGCCGUGAUCUGUAUGGUGUGGACUCUCUCUGUAGCCAUGGCUUUCCCCCCAGUUUUAGAUGUGGGCACCUACUCGUUCAUUAGGGAGGAAGACCAGUGCACUUUCCAGCAUCGUUCCUUCAGGGCUAAUGAUUCUUUGGGAUUUAUGCUUCUUCUUGCCCUCAUCCUCCUAGCCACACAGCUUGUCUACCUCAAGCUGAUAUUUUUUGUUCACGAUCGCAGGAAAAUGAAGCCAGUCCAGUUUGUUGCAGCGGUGAGCCAGAACUGGACAUUUCACGGUCCCGGAGCGAGUGGUCAAGCAGCUGCUAAUUGGCUGGCUGGAUUUGGAAGGGGUCCCACACCGCCAACCUUGUUGGGAAUCAGGCAGAACGCCAACACCACGGGCAGGAGAAGGCUACUGGUUUUAGACGAGUUCAAAAUGGAGAAGAGAAUCAGCAGAAUGUUCUACAUCAUGACAUUCCUCUUUCUGACCUUGUGGGGUCCCUAUUUGGUAGCCUGUUACUGGAGAGUUUUUGCAAGAGGGCCUGUAGUACCGGGGGGAUUUCUAACGGCCGCUGUCUGGAUGAGUUUUGCCCAAGCUGGAAUCAAUCCUUUUGUCUGCAUUUUCUCCAACAGGGAGCUGAGGCGCUGUUUCAGCACAACCCUUCUUUACUGCAGAAAAUCCAGGUUACCAAGGGAACCUUACUGUGUUAUAUGAGGGAGCAUCUGUAAAUCUUUAGCCUUGUGAAACACUACCAUUCUCUGCUAAGCAAUUGUGGCCUGUAGCCAUGUCUUGAGAAGAAAAUCAAGAAUGGGAUGUCAGCAGUUGUAAGGAUUUGGGCAACAUUCUGCAGUCUUUGCAAUAGCUCACCUCUAAUCCUAUUUUAAACCUAAACAUGUUCCUGCUGACCACUGCUGAAGGUUUGUAAUUAAGAACAAAGGACUGAACUACUGCCCUGAAUUUCUUUAUGUGGUUGAAAUCUAGAUUAUGAAAGUAGCAGGUGCUAAGUAUCAGUGCUAAAUGCUGUGUAUAUCACUACAUAAAAUAAGACCAUCAGAAACAUUAGCAUUGGACAUCUUAAUAAAUUAAGUUGAUAUGAGGUUAAUGUGUUGAUAAAACUAAUUUUAGACAUCUGAAGACCUUUAAAACAUUUCAUACAAUUAUUGUUUUGCAAAGACUGAAAACUGGGGACUCAAGUACUGUAACUGAUUAAAGAUGUGCCAUGCAUUAUUGGAUUAUCACACUUA